AAAGCGGUUUCUGACUUGACGUACCACGGUUCUACAACCAAGUUACUACCUCCAUGUAAGUGAAUAAAACAUGUUUAAUAAAAAGCCUCGGAGAAACUUUCGACAGAGAAAAGACAACUCUAGUGACGAGGAGGACGAGCGGAAGACCCGGGGACAUGGAGUGGAAACUGAGGAGGCUCCAGUUGCGGUAAAUAAGCCGGAGAAACUGUCCCAGGGCCGCGGCAUUACGUGUAGCUCCAAGCGGGAAGCGACGCCUCCAAAGCCGGGCAGCAGCAGCGGAGAGGACGGGGAUACGGUGGAAGUGACAGAAGAAGGAGGAGAAAGAAAUAAAGACAGAGAUGAGGUUCAGAAGACAAAAAACUCAAUUCUCAGUUUCUCUGACGACAAAGAAGCUAAGGAACCAACAUUUAAACUGAAGAAGUCUUCUGAUAAAGCUGUGCUGUUCCAAGUGAAGAAGAAGGAAGCAUCACCUGCCAAGACCAAACAAAGAAGAGCAGGUAAAGUUGUCCCACCGUCUGCUUCUCCCAGGCAAGACUCAGACAGUCAGGCUUCACCACAUGAUCUGCCCCGCACUGAUGAUGACGACAGCAAUAAGGAUGAUGAAGAUGAUGACGAUGAUGACAAUGACAGUGAUGAAGGUGAUGCCAGGUCUCCCUCAGCUAGCUCAGACUCCAGCUGCUCUGCUACUAAACCAGCAGUCAUCCCUAAUGCUAAAGAUAUCAAGGCAGCUAGAUGGCAGCGUCGCGCCAAUCGAGCCCAGAAAGAAUUCAUUUCCCUGGGUAGAGACGGCCACAGCUCAGCUGGUAGCACCCCGGAUCACUACAGCAGGGAAGAUGACGAAGACAGAGUUGAUGAUGACGAUGAUGAGCCGGAUGAUCACGAGAGAAGAAUUGAGUUCGCCCCAAGACUGAAGAGCAUUAGGGAGAGGAUUGCAGAUAAACUUGGAGACAGUGAUGACAGUCUCUCAGGAUCUGAUGUAGAUGAGCAGGUUCUUUGGGAGGAGACACAAAUCGAGAAGGGAGUCAAGAGACGGCCGGGAGAACAGAGCCCAUCUGGCAGUGAAUCCAGCAGCUACAGCAGCAGCAACAGGCGGGACAGACAAAGGAAAAAAUCAAAAGGGCUCAAAAUACCAACUUUUCCUGCCGUCAGUGUCUCAAUGGUCAAGAAGAGGAUCACUGGAAAACUUGAAUCCCUGAAGGAGGUGCACAGCGCCCGGCAGGCGGAGCUGAGGAGGAUGGAGGGCGAUGUGGAGAACGCUCGGGCAUCCGCCGAGACUCUGGAGGAAAGUUCCUCUGAGAGACAGCUCAGGUUUUACAGGGACACGAACCUCUAUGUCCACAACGUGGUGGAGUGUCUACGGGAGAAGGUUGUGGAGAUCAACUCCGUGGAGCUGGAUCUGCACUCCUUACUGUCCGACCACAUGGAGGCGCUUUUGGCUCAGAGACGACAGAGGACCAGGGAGCAGGCAGACCGCCUGCAGCAGAUCAGCUAUGGCACCAAUGAGCAGGGUGGAAGUCCAACUAAUGGAACAGAAACUCAAAGCGGUGCAGCCUCUGGUGUUAAAGCUGAAGAAGAUUUUGAUCUACCUGAAGACACCCAGCCCUCAGCAGAAGAGGAGGAGCAGCUGCAGAAGAAGAUAGCUGAUAUCCUCUUGAGGUCCCAGACGGUGUUUUCUGACGUCCAGGAUGACUUUUCCAGCGUGAAGAAGAUUUUGUCCCGAUUUGAGGAGUGGAGAGGGUCUUACUCUGACUCUUACCACAAUGCCUACAUCUCUCUGUGUCUGCCCAAGUUGUUGAACCCCAUCAUUAGACAUCAGCUACUGCCAUGGAACCCAUUAAAGAGUGAUAGUGGGGACUUUGAAAACUUCCCGUGGUUCGCUGCAGUGGAGACAUUUUGUCAUGGUCAUGGCCACGAGGAGCUGGAGAACACAGACAGACAGACACUGUCUAAUGUCAUAGAAAAGACCGUCAUACCCAAAUUGACCGGCUAUGUGGAGCUGGUGUGGGAUCCCAUGUCCCGCCAACAGUCGGUCUGUGUGUCGGAUGUUUGUCACCGGCUGAAGGAGGACUACUCCAUCUUUGAAGGAGAGCAGAGUAAACCGGUCAAGGCCUUCAGAGAGGCUGUGAUCAGCAAACUGAGGAGCUGCGUGGAUGACGAUGUCUUCAUCCCUCUGUACCCUAAAACGUUCCUAGAAGACAUCUCGUCUCCUCAGUGUCACUUCAGGGAUCAACAGUUCUGGACGGCCAUAAAACUGCUAGGUAACAUGGGAAAAUGGGAUUUGCUGCUUCCCGAGUCUGUGUUGAAGGAACUGAUGUUGGACAAACUUCUGAACCGAUACCUGCUGACCGCGCUGUGCAGCCAGACGCUGAGCAACAGGGCCGUCCAUGCAUGCAGAAAGAUAGCAGACAGUCUGCCGCUCUCUUGGUUCAAAGGAGAGAAUUCCUGUUUGCCUCAGCUCCAGAACUUCAGAAACCACCUUGUUCAGAAAGCUCAUAGCAUCUGCAAACAGCAGCCUCCUGAGGAGCCAAACACCAAGUCUGCUGUGGUUGAGGUGCUGAAGAUUCUGAGUAGUAUCCGGUGCAAUGACUCCAUCAUGACGAUAUCAGAGAAAUACCACUACGAAGACGUGAUCUACUCCCACCAGCUGCUGAACCACGAAGACGUAUGAGCAACAAACACUGGACUGAAAGAUGGAUCAAAAUGCAAAUGUAGUACGCUGGUACUUUGAAAGCUAUCGUCAAAGAUAUUGUACUGCAGAAGAGGGGCUCCGCCUUUUUUUUAAAGGUUGCUAGAUAGCCACUGAACUGCAGAAUGAAAACAAUGGAUAUAUAAUAGUUUGGUAAGGUUGCGCUUAAAGUAUGAGCUAAUAAGUGGAACAAAUUAGAUGUUUUACAAUUUAAACUGCCAAGAAACAUUGUGUGAGGAAGAACAAAUCAUAUUCCUGCCAUUUCUAUUCAUGAACAAUUUGCCGUCUGUUUUGUACCGGAGAUACAUUUAUUUUUAUGAAUAAAUAUUAGAAUUUUGUUACAAUAUCUGGUGCUUUAGUCCGAUUUUACUUCUUGACAUGGUGAAGUUUAUAUAUGCCCAUAUGUACUUUCUAAUAACGGUCAUGGAAAAGUCAAAUGUUUUUCUUAAUACUAUAUAUAUUGAUUGUUUCAGCAGCUGUCUCCAUGAAAGAGAUAAAGCAUUAUUGCAUUAUACAGGGUUCUUACGGUCAUUAAAAACCUGGAAAAGUCA